AUGUUUGAAUCGGAUUCAACAACCAGCCAAUUAGAUACACGUGAAUUUCUUUAUUAUGAAGAAUUAAAACAUAUUGUUAAUGAUGAUUUAAAGGAUAUUACAUUUAUUGAAGCAUGCAAACUGUAUGUACAUGCAUCAAUAACCGGUGGCACUUGCGACUGUAAAGGAAAGUGCAUUACAAAACAAUGUCCAUGUAAAAGAAUGGGUGUUUAUUGUUCGACCAAAUGCCAUUCCAAACGAGGUGGUUGUAAAAAUAUGGGUGAAUAA